AUGGUCAUUUCCACUCCAGAACUGAAGAAAUACCUCCAUCACAGGAUCUCCGUCAAGAUAAAUGCUGGCCGUCAGAUAGAGGGUCUUUUGACCGGGUACGAUGUCUUCUUGAACCUGACUUUAGAUGAUUGUGUUCAAGUUAAUCCCAGUAACAGGGCUGAAGAUACCCCUGUUGGGUCCUGCGUUCUUAGAGGGAACAGCGUCAUUAGCAUAGAAGCCCUGGAGGCCUUGUAG